GUGGUAUAUAAAGUCUGGUUACACUGAAAUACGAAAAGCCAACUCAGCCAGAUUAAUAAUUUUCAAUUUUCUUAUUAAACUGAAAAAACACUUAAGUACUAAGCAAUGAGCCGAAGCAACGAAGAUGAUCCGAGCUCUGUGCUGUUUGAUGCUCGCAAUGAGUAUUUUGUAGGCAAUUUCAUGGGCUCUAUUAACUUCGUUCUUCCAGAGCAGAGCACGGCUGGAUCCGAACUUUUAUCAUAUAUGUAUCUCUCAUACCUGGCUAUAGAUUCCGGUCGUAUUAUUGCGUCCGACAUCAAGGAGACCGACUCUACACCCCUCAAAGCUUUGCGCUAUGUUCACGAGGCCUUUGAGCAACCGUCCCGAUGUGAAGAACUGCUGGAGAAGCUUACUGACAAGGUGGCUGGGCAAGAAGAUGAAACGAAUAUUUGGCAUAUAGCCACCGCCAUUGUCUACUGCUACGAUGGACAAUUCGAGAAUGCCCUGAAGAUACUCCACGGUUCAACAAACCUUGAAUCCAUGGCCUUGUCCGUACAAUGUCUUUUACGGCUGCAGCGUGUCGAUUUGGCCAAGCAGUUGGUGGCUAAAAUGCAGGAGAUAAGCGAUGAUGCCACUCUUACCCAACUGGCUCAGGCAUGGGUGGCCCUCAGUCAGGGUACAGAACAGAUGCAAGAUGCCUUCCACAUUUACCAAGAGUUCUGCGAGAAAUUUAAACCCACUCCGGCUCUGCUGAAUGGUCAGGCAGUAGUUCAUUUGGGUCUUGAGCGCUACGAGGAAGCAGAAGCUUGUAUACGCGAAGCUUUGCUGAAAAAACACAACGACUACGACACCCUAAUCAAUAUGAUGGUCCUAUCUCAUCUCACCGGCAAGCCUGUGGAGACCAUCACUCGCUACCUCGAGCAACUAAGGCAAUUCUACCCCAAAAGUGAAUUUAUCACAGAUUUGGACAAGAAGUCCACCGAAUUCGACAGACUGUGCCUACAGUAUGAGCAGCCAAGUGUGGCCGAGGAGAAACUUGUAUCAGUGUAAGAAAUUCCAAUUAUAUUCCGAUAUAUACGACCAUUAAAAUACGAAAAAAAUGAUUCUUUGAAUUACAAUAAAAAUUUA